AUGUGCACAACAGGCUACAACCACUUCACCUGCGGGUGUGCCUGGCCCGCAGCCGAUACCCUGCAGUUCUGCGAGUAUGCCAAGCUCAAGGGCAUUGUGUGUCCCGAUUUCCAGAUUGACGAGGACUGUGCGCGGUCAAGGUCGUGGCGGUUUUUGGUUUGUUUGGAGCAUGCUUAA